AUGGCCAGUAACGGCGAAAACGCAGUUACUUGUACAUACACUCUGUCGAAGCACCUAGCUCGAUAUACGAGGGCCGAUCCGGAACUUCUUAGUGUGGAAAUUCCCAUUCCACCACCGGAGUUCUCUGAUGUCGACGAAUAUGUGGCGGUGUUCGGUGGACGAGGACUACUCGAUGUUGUUGACGAAUUUUUAAAAGUUUUCUUUGAAGAAUUGCGUAAGGAACUGAUCAAUUUUAUCCGAGAGGAGACGCAGAAGUAUCAGGAGAAAAGGGAUGAUGCACUCAUCAUGGAAGCACUGGAGAAGGGAUUCGAGUUGCCAGAUAUAGACACAAAUCAAGCGAUUGUUGCGGAUCCCUCUGAAAGCUUCGCAAACAAGUUCUCAUUCGUCAUGCAGAAUUCCUCUAGCUCCGAGUUGGCUGAGCUAAUGCGAAGGCAAAUCGCCAUGGUGAAUGAGAUGAAUCAAAUCAUUCGAGUAAGGAAUUGGGAAGUGACACAGUUGAGAAACAAAUGUGAAAGUGCCGUCAACGAUGCCUCUUCCAACGUGGACGUCCAUCCUCACGAGCUCAGUAAACUUAAUGAGAAGCUUAGAAAUCUUCAUGCUUCCUACGCCUGUCAAGUAGAAGGACUUUGUGAACGG